UUACGCCUUAUCUGCCUACAGAAACAGUGACGCCUAUGUUGUCUCACUGAUUCCUUCUCUCUUUCCUUAUAACAGAGCUGACUAUGAGACAAGAUGGAAGAAAAUGGUGGGAGUGUUGAACUUGAAACUGAUUAUGAUGAUCAAAAUGUGUCGCUCCGUCCUAAUUGUGAACCGAAAUCACCGAUGGUUGAAAAUCUUAAUACGGAAAAUGAGGCUGUGGGUUUAGAACACAAGUCUUUGUUGGGAAGAAAAAGACAUCAUUCAACAAGUGAGGACAUGGCAUUGAGUUUUCUUCAUAUGCAGAGAAAGUCUCAGCAUGACCGAGGUCACAAUUUGAGCCUUCCACCUGAGCUAAGUCUCCAUUCAAGUCCUCUGCAUAUUGAUUCCAGGAUCUCAUGGAUUAAAUCAAAGGCUCAUCUAAGUUCUGAAGCAAUGUUGGAAGUAAAUCUGUUUUCAGAAAAGCAUUGCAGCAAGCUUUUCUCAUUGAAACCUGCUGACUCCCAUUGCAAUGUUGCAAGAACUCUCUUCCAGUUACCUCCAUCACAGAGAGUCUUUUCUCAUCCUCCAUGGCAAGUAGAAAAACUUCAACAACUGAAGGUUGAAUUGAAUAAAGUCAAAGGUGACACUGAGCGAGGAGAAGAUUUGUCAUCAUGGACAGACCAUACCUUCAGAGUCAACCCUGCUAUGGCAGUUUUCAAGCGUGUCAAGGAGAAAGCCAACCCUGAAUUCAUAUCUCAAGCAUUCCUGAAGUUCUAUGAGGUUUUGUGCCAGUUUCCUUUAGUGCUGCCAGGCACAGACAGCCUAAGCUCAUUGCAUUUAUGUGAAGCACCAGGAGCCUUCAUCAUUGCUCUCAACCACUACAUCCAAUACCACCAUCCUGAUAUUCAGUGGGAGUGGCUGGGCAACACGCUGCACCCUCACUACGAGGGCAGCAAGGCGAGCGAGUGCAUAUCAGACGACAGGAUCAUCCUACACACCCUCAUGCACUGGGUCUUCGGCAGGGACGGCACCGGUAACAUCACACUAAGAUCAUGUCUAGAAGAUCUCACCGAUCGCUGCAGUAAAUUGAAGGAGCCCGUGUCGUUGGUGACGGCAGACGGUAGCAUAGACUGCCAGGACAACCCAGGGGAGCAGGAAGUUACGACGAAUCAUCUGCAUCAGUGCGAGGUGCUCGCUGCUCUCCAUCUCCUCAGCCCUGGCGGCAACUUGGUCGUGAAAAUGUUCACAUUCUUCGAGUCGAGCUCAGUGUGCCUUCUGUAUUUGAUUUGUUGUGCCUUCUCCGAAGUCCAGGUUUUUAAACCUAUUACUAGCAAGCUUGGAAACUCUGAAGUUUAUGUUGUAGGUUUAAACUAUGUCGGUCGAGAAGAAAUUUCAGUCACCCUGGAUGAACUCCUCAAGCAUUAUCUUCCUCAGGCUCCUUCUAUGUCGAUGUUUGCUCUCGAGGAUAUUCCUUCAGAAUUCGUGAAGGUUGUGGUAGAGUGUGCUCGCUUCUUCAAGGAACAUCAAGAAAAUGCCAUUGAAAGAAACGCUCGUCUGUACUUAGACACUAGUGAAGAGGCAGAGUCUGCGUGUCAGAUUGUUCAGGAGUUGGUGUGGAGAAAGUUUCAGGUACGAAACCCUAUUGGCCCCAUACCUACAAACCGUCGCAUCUUGCAGGUGGAUGUGAGAUGGGAUGGAAAUGUUCAUCCUGAUUUCGGAAAACACAAGAGGUGGUCAGGCUGCAUCCAAAGAUUGUCAGUGGAUAAAAAACUUGAUCGCAUUUCUGAAUUGCUGCUGGAUUUUGUUGAGGCUUAUGCCUCUCGAGAACACCGAGAUCUUUACUACAAGACUGAAGAUUCCAUAUUAGAAAAUUUGCGACUGGUCAAAGGGUUACCUUUUCAGCAAGUUGGUAAUUCUCGAUUCUGCUGUGAAAGGUCGCUUAAUUUGUACUCCGUUCUUUCUAGUCUCAAAUGCGAACUCGUCAGCGGAGAGUUGCUUCAAAAUAAAAUGGAGAACAAGUCACAGAAAGUUUUGUAUCUUCAAGGUAACAACAAAACAGAUCACGAGUCCGCACUAUCGGAUUUCAACGACGAUACAAAAAAACUUGUUGAGUCUGUGAUGAAGGACUAUCCAGAUUGUACCUUCUUAAUAGACGAGUAUCCGGAUGGCAGUGCUGGCCCUGCCCCAUCGUGUGAUGUUCUUGAUCGUCUACACGAGCUGCUUGAAAGCCAUUCACUGCCAGCAGGGGCCACGGUGCACCUCACGAACAUGCCUCUCCUGACUAGGCUGCAGAACGGUCUCUUCGUUGUGCUUUCUAGUUGCUUCAAAAAUGUUGAUCUACAUCAGACGCUUUAUCACUUCCUCAACUCAGGGCAAUCUCUUCCUCCAGUGUUAAAGCUUGAGAACUUGAAUCUUGAUUCUGCGCGUCGCGUUCUGGAUGCACUAAAAGACGUCGGUUGGAGCCGUGGUGCUCACAAACGUGGUGUGAUGGAACUGCUCGACACUUUCUCUCUCAUUCACAACGAUAGCCACAAAGUUGUCUGCAGAUACAACUCGAACUUGAUGCUCAUUUGGUCGUCAGAUCUUCUUAAACAAAUCAAAAACGUUCGUGGUACUUUAUGCAGAACUUGAAUUGACAAUGCACAUUAAUGAUCACAUCCAGUUAUUACACACCUUUUUGCCAUCAUUUUAACUUCAUCAAAUCACCUUAGUUACAAGUAACUUGAAUUAAAAUUUUCGAUUGAAAGAAAAACGACUUAGAACGUAACUUAUGAAUUGAAACCAUGUGUAUGUGCUCCAGUAAAAACAGCAUUCUCAAAAUUGCAUUAUUUUGUUUAAGUUAAUGUAAAGGUAGGCUUCAUAAAUGACGAGUUAACAGUUUGUUGAUGACAACGGCCUAAGCUCAAAUAUCUAGAAGUGCAUGUGUGUUUGUAGCACGCCUGCGAUUGGCUGUUUAAUUGAUAACGUGGACUGUGGUUGAUUGAGGUAUGGGUCUGAAUAUGAUUACUUGCGGCGAGUGCCUUGACUAUCAUUCCUGGCAUAUGUCUAUUGAUUGAUAACAUCAUUUAUUUCGUGAUUCUGAUAGCAUCGUUAUUGACCUUAUAAUUUUGUGAUCAUUUUACCUCUGCCAAAGUAUUGUUUAUUAUUUGCAUCGUUUAUAUUAUGCGGAUGGUUUUAAAUGAAAUUCAUUACUUGA